AUGGUGGGGAGUGAGGUGAUUGCACUACACUACAACUACACCGGCAAAUUGAACGAGGCUCGCUACGAGCCGGGCGGGGGUUUGCGCGCAGAUGCUGCAGUCUUCCUGGCAGUAUGUGGUUUCAUCGUCCUGGAAAACCUGGCGGUUCUGUUAGUCCUCUGGCGCCACAAGAAAUUCCAUGCGCCCAUGUACCUGCUGCUGGGCAGCCUGACUCUCUCCGACUUGCUGGCUGGCGCCGCCUACACGGUCAACAUCCUGUUGUCUGGGGCGCGCACCUUGCACCUGUCCCCAGCUCUCUGGUUCGCCCGCGAGGGUGGUGUCUUCGUGACGUUGGCUGCUUCGGUGCUCAGCUUGCUAGCCAUAGCGCUGGAACGACACUUGACCAUGGCAAGUCGUCGGCCUGCGCCCAUCCACCGCCGUGGCCGCACACUGCUGUUAGCAGGAGCCGCGUGGCUGGCGUCCUUGCUCCUCGGACUUCUUCCUGGCCUCGGUUGGAACUGCCUAGGCCGUCUGGCCCAAUGCUCCACGGUACUUCCCCUCUACGCCAAGCCCUAUGUGCUGUUCUGCGUGCUUGCUUUUCUAGUCAUCCUUGUGGCUAUCUUUGCGCUCUAUGCCCGCAUUUAUUGCCAGGUGCGUUCCAACGCAAGGAAACUGCAGCUUCGAGCUGGAUCAGGAGGGUCCCAGAGCACACGCCGCCUGCCCAAAUCCCUGGCGCUGUUGCGCACGGUGACCGUGGUACUGGUUGCGUUCAUUGUGUGUUGGGGGCCACUCUUCUUGCUGCUGCUGCUGGACGUAGCGUGCCCGGCUCGAGCCUGCCCUGUGCUUCUGCAGGCGGACUACUUCCUGGGGCUAGCUAUGGCCAACUCGCUGCUCAAUCCCAUCAUCUAUACGCUUACUAGCCGGGAUCUGCGCCGUGGGCUCUUGCGCCUCCUCUGUUGUUAUCAUCGCUGCUGCUGCUGCUGCCGCCGCUGCUAUAAGCCCCUGCGCCCAGGGCCAGGUGGAGGCGAGGGUGCGGCCAGCGGGCGCCGCCGGCUGCCUCCGAUCCUGGAGUGCAGUACCAGCAAGUCAGAGCGCUCUUCGAACCGACACGAAGGGUUGGACACAAGUGUCUCCACAGGCAACGCCACGCCCACGCGCACUCCCGUUAAGACCGAGGUGCAGAAGACCACAGACUGAUACUUUAUGCCUCAGCCUCUCUCCAGGCCACAGUCCUCU